GCAGAGCCACGCUGGAGGAGAUCCUGCUUCCAGAGCUGAGGAUCACACAGCAGCCAAGCACUUUUCUACUCCGGGAAGGGCAGAGCUGCAGCUGCCAACGUGAGCUGUCAGUGCAUGGAUUUGGGAGCAGGUCAGGAACAUGCAUUCAGCUAAUUAGUGGCCCAUCAGGAGUUGGAAAGCAAAUGAAAGCUGCAGACGGGCCCUGGCACAACAGACAGGUCCUCACAGGCUUUCCCGGGGAGCUUUGUGUUUCUGUCAGCAACAAGAUGACAAUUCAUAUUUCUACCAAAUGAUUCAGUGACUCAUCCUAUUAACUCUGCUGGAAUACACACUCCCAGUCAUCCUGCCACGGUUUCCCAGAUGCUUUACUGCUUCUCCUUGUCCCAUCUGGGUUUAAAUUACGGCUGGACGUCCCUCCACGUUUGACAUUCCUGCCUUUGGAGCUUAUGCCAGCUGCAGUGCUGAACCAACCAACAUCACAAUGACUGAGGACUUGGACCACAGAUUCAGUUAUCUCACCUGGGAUCAGAUUAAAAUCCUGGAUCAGGUUUUAACUGAGGCUAUACCUAUUCAUGGGAGAGGAAAUUUUCCAACCCUGGAGGUAAAGCCAAAGGAUAUCAUCCAUAUGGUAAAGGAGCAGCUCAUUGAGAAGCAGAUCCAUGUCAGGGACAUCCGCCUGAACGGUUCCACUGCCAGUCACAUCCUGGUGAAGCACAAUGGCACCAGUUACAAGGACCUGGACAUCAUUUUUGGAGUGGAACUUCCCAGUGAGCUUGAGUUCCAGGUCGUUAAGGAAGCAGUUCUCAAUUGUCUAUUGGACUUCUUGCCAAAAUGUGUUAACAAGCAAAAAAUCACGGCUCAGACCAUGAAAGAUGCCUACGUGCAGAAGAUGGUCAAAGUCUCCACCGACCACGACCGCUGGAGCCUCAUCUCACUGUCCAACAACAGCGGCAAGAACGUGGAGCUGAAGUUCGUCAGCUCGCUGCGGCGGCAGUUCGAGUUCAGCGUGGACUCCUUCCAGAUCAUCCUGGACUCCGUCCUGGCCGUCUACAGAGCCUCAGACCGGCCCCUGACACAGGACUAUCACCCCGCCGUCAUCGCCGAGAGCAUGUACGGGGACUUCAACCAAGCCAUGGACCACCUGAAAUACAAACUGAUCUCCACGCGGAACCCGGAGGAGAUCAGGGGAGGCGGCCUCCUGAAGUACAGCAACCUCCUGGUCCGUGACUUUAAGCCGGCGGAUGAGGCUGAAAUUAAAUCUCUGGAACGUUACAUGUGCUCCAGGUUCUUCAUUGAUUUUCCCGACGUUGCCGAGCAGCAGAGGAAAAUCGAGUCCUACCUGCGCAACCACUUCAUCGGGGAGGAGAAGAGCAAGUACGACUACUUGAUGACCCUGCGUGGGGUGGUGAACAAGAGCACAGUCUGCCUCAUGGGGCACGAGCGAAGGCAAACCCUCAAUAUGAUCACAAUUCUGGCUUUAAAAGUGCUGGGAGAACAGAACAUCAUCCCGAACGCGGCCAAUGUCACAUGCUACUAUCAGCCUGCUCCCUAUAUCAGUGACAGAAACUUCAGCAACUACUACAUUGCCCAUGGACAACCCCCUGUGUUCUACCAGCCGUACCCUUUCCACAUACAGCUACAGAGCGGGAUGGUGUAGGAACGCUCCAACCUCCAAGCACUCACCACUCCUCUCUUUCCAGUUCUCUCCUUAAUAGAGGCCUCAUUAAAGCGAGUUUUAUCAGCA